GUUUUUGAUGACUGCCAUGAAGGGGGUGAGAUUUCACCAUCUAAUUGUAUUUACAUGACAGAGUGGCUUGAAUUUUAAUAGAGAGCUAUGAACUUUACUUAUUGUUGGCAAAAUGAAUUACUUGGAGAGCAAAUAAUUCAUGAUGGAGUGUCAAAUUUCUUUGAAAGCGUACUUCACAAUGACGGAUAUUGACUUGCUGCUAUGAAAAGCGUAUUUAUUUAUGAAGACAAACAGAUUAAGUUUAAUAAAGUUUAAUAGGGAAGUCUCUUCUUCAGUAAGUAAAUGCCUUGAAGUUCUGAAGGACCAAGCAAAAAGAAGCAAACCUACAUUGACCAAGUACUGUGAUAACAGCUCAAGUGAGGAGUUCACUUCACGUUACUUAUUAAGAUCUUCACUGAAGCUCAUCAGAUUUAUUACCGCCAUUUCUCUUUGGUUUUUUUUCCUUGGGUUUCAUUGAGAAGAAAUUUCAAGUGGUACAAACAGGAACAGCUGAUGAUGGGAAUGUGUGCCAACUUGGAGCCUUAGUGGUAAAGUGGGUUUUUCCUUUUCCUCUUCACCCUAGUACUCUUUGAGAGCAGUGCGCUGCCAUACUGACCUCCCUCCCAAAUGCUGUUAUCCAGGGCAUGUUUCACAUCACUGAUAUUCUGCAUUAAAGGGAUGACCUCACUGUGCCUUCAUUGCUAAUUCUGAAACUUUAGUUGUAUAGCUUAAUUGUAUUCAGACUCUUACUCCAUGCAUAUAGUGUGACUCUCCACCACCAGCACCAAGUUCAAAUUUUGUAGUCCAAGGCCCAAUAGAUAGGUGAUGCUGUCUAGAAGGACUAGUUAUAAUAUCUAAUCUUUUAGCUAAAACUGAUAUUGGCUGAGUGUGGUGAUGUACUCCUUCAAUCCCAGCACUUGGGAGGCAGAGGCAAGCAGGUCUCAGGGAGUUCAAGGCCAGCCUGAUCUACAAAGUGAACUCCAGGACAGCCAGAACUACAGAGGGAGAGACCCUGUCUCAAAAAAUAAAAAUAGAUCAUUGCCCUUCAUUCAUUCUCUGAGGGGUGGGAGUCAGUCUUCUCUUACCAUAUUCUAGACUGGUCCUUGUUUUUCCUAUUCUUUUCUAAAAACUGGUGUUACAGGUCUAAGCAGAGUCCCAGCUGUCAGAUACUGGAAAACACUAAGUGAAUUGAUAUGCUAUGGCACAGAAGAUAACUGUCUUGCCUUUUGAGGGUUUUUUUGAUUUUUGUUUUAUGACAGGGUUUUUCUGUGUAGCUCUGGCUAUCCUAGAAUUCACUCUGUUGACCAUGCUGGCCUCGAACUCAGACCUAUCUGCGUCUGUCUCCCAGGUGCUAGGAUUUAAAGGCCUUCUCUACUAUGUCCAGCUUGCUUUGUGCCUUUUAAAAAAUAUAAACCAAAUGACCAACUGAAAGGGUUCUCACUGCACUCCUCUUUGGAGCUGAAUUCUCCACCAUUUUGCAGUGCUCUAAGUGAAUAGCAUCAUUAGACUUCUCUUGAGAGAUACAGGACUAAUAAAAUCACACCAACUCAUUUUUUCAGAUGAAUUCUAUGGCCAGAUCUAUAGAGUAAACAUUUAAUGGUACCAGCUCUUUUUAGGUGUUAGAUUAAACAUAAAAUACAGGUUUUCCUUCUACCUCUAGUAAGGGCCUCAUGGUAGGACCACUGUCUCCUCUACCUGGAUCUACCUAAUCUAUUGGAUAAGCACUAGACUUAUUUUACCAGAAAGCCAAAUGCAGGAAAGUUACAAAAGGGGAAAAGAACUAGGCAGUGGUGGCUUGUGCCUUUAAUUCCAACACUUGGGAUGAAGAAGUGGGUGGACCUUGAGUUUGAGGCCAGUGUGGUCUCCAAAGCUAGUUCCAGCAUAGCCAGGGCUAUACAAAGAAACCCUGUCUUGAAAAAUCAAAUAAAAGGGAGAAUGAAUCAAAUUGCUUUCUAAA